ACCCGUAAACAACAUGGCGCGUCACGAACCUGGAGAGUCUUGAAAACACCUCAGGGAAGAACUGAAGCGUUCAGCACACCGAACUAACACAUUUAUAAAGUCAAUUUUGACCGCAUCGUUUCUUGGUAAUUUACCGAGGUCUGCAGGAAGCUACAAAAUUUGUCAAGAAGCUGUCAGAGCACUGCGAUCAUAUAACUGGUAGACAAUCAGUCUAUGGGCUCUCAGUCCAGUUCUGGGAUGUCCGGUCAGGGCUCUGGCAACAACCCAGAUCAGUCAGAACCAGAACCCAACCAGAAUUCCAACCAGACGGGCCGCACACAGGCAGAGAGGCAGUCAGAGAGACAGUCAGGAUCAGAAGAGGACGUUGACUUAGCACAAGUUCUGGCGUACCUACUGCGGAGGGGCCAGGUGCGCCUGGUCCAUGGAAGUGGAGCAACAGGCCUGCAGCUCGUGCAGUCAUAUUCAGACUCUGACGAAGACAGUGAUGGGGCCUGGGAUGGGCGGUUAGGACAUCGAUAUGACCCUCCUGUGGAUGCCCAACCAGACACACAGGAAGUAGACCGCAGUGAGAUCCGAACUCAGAUCCUGCUUGCCACUGCUUCUUCAGGACUAAAGGGCAGACACAGUUUCACACAUAUGCUGGCAGAGCGGGAACAGGGACGGUGUCGCGGGUCAAGUUUCUCUCAUGGAGAGUGUAGCCGUAUUCGUUCGCAUUUCAUGCCCAAUCAUGUGGUGUACAAGGACACUUAUCAACAGAAAGUCUUUUGUGGAGUCUACAGUGACGAUGGAAACAUGUUCCUGUCAGCAUGCCAAGAUCAGAAUAUCAGGUUAUAUGACACUAGUAGAGGGCGUUUUGCUCUGAAGAAGACUGUGAAGGCCAGAGACGUGGGUUGGAGUGUUUUGGAUGUGUGUUUUACCCCUGAUGCCAGUUGUGUGCUCUACUCCAGCUGGUCUGACUACAUCCAUGUGUGCAGUAUAGAUGGGGACAGUGAAACACACACUGCUCUGGACCUCAAUCCAGAUGAACGGAGGUUCUGUGUUUUCUCAUUGGCAGCAUCCACAGAUGGAAAAGAGAUUUUAGGCGGUGCAAACGAUGGCUGCCUGUAUGUGUUCGAUCGUGAACAAAACAAGAGAACACUUAAGAUUGACGCUCAUGAGGAUGAUGUGAAUGCUGUAGCGUUUGCAGACAGUUCAUCACAGUUACUCUUCUCAGGGAGUGAUGACGCUCUCUGUAAGGUUUGGGACAGGCGUACACUUAGAGAAGACAGACCACAGCCUGUGGGUCAGCUGGCAGGACACAGAGAUGGAAUCACCUUCAUACACAGCAAGGGCGACGCUAGGUAUUUGAUCAGUAACUCCAAAGAUCAGUCUAUUAAGCUGUGGGACGUGAGGAAAUUUUCCCCUAAAGAAGGACUUGCAGCUUCUCGACUUGCUGUCACACAACAGAACUGGGACUACCGCUGGCAGCAGGUUCCCCAGAGAGCCAUAAAGAGGCAUAAGCUGACUGGUGACACCUCUGUAAUGACAUACAGGGGUCACGGGGUUCUGCACACUCUCAUUCGGUGUCGCUUUUCUCCUGAAUUCAGCACUGGACAGAAGUUUAUUUACACAGGCUGUUCAACAGGCAAAAUCGUCAUCUAUGAUGUAUUGACGGGAUCAGUUGUGUCCAAAAUGUCCAAUCAUGAUGCAUGUGUGAGGGACGUCAGUUGGCACCCUUAUCAAGUCAACAUGGUUAGCAGUUCAUGGGAUGGUGCCAUACGUUUGUGGGAACACGCACAGAAACACCCUCUGGAUAAAGACAGAGAGCGAAGGAGCGUGGAGGUGGUGGAGAUGACAGCAAAAUGUUGAUGAUGUCAGACACGGAUGGGUUGUGGUGCUGUCUCCGCAGAUUUGAAAAGAAAAAUUUAUAUAUAUAUAUAUAUAAAAGAGAACAAAUUUUGUGCAGAGAGUUGUAAAAUCACAUUGAUGAUAUAGUAGGCAGGGGUUUUCAAAGGUGUUAUUUGUUUGAUUCCACAUUGCUCUGUCUGUCUGCAAAAGGAAAAAAGAAAAAAAUCACAAUACCAAUAUAGAAGUUUAAGCAUAAAGGGGCAGUGACAUAUAGGUAUUGGAGACUUCUUUUAUGAUUUCUCUUUUAUGCUUACUGUCACACCUCUUUCUAAGCUUCUAGGGGAUAGUUUAGAACCGGUUCAAACUUAAGUGAAAGAUUUCAAUAUCACGAAUAAUAUGGAAGCAUUAUUUCAGACAGGCGCAAUGCUUUGCUUGAAAUCCCUCAGUAUGGCAACAAUGUUGCUUUACCAAAAAAGCAAUACUUGCAUAAGUAAAUAUAGCAAAAUAAUUUAGACAUGAAGGAUAUGUUUCUAAAAGUGCAUUGGGAAUAAUUCUAAAUAUUGUAAAAAUUUUUAUUGCUAUUAAUGUCCAGGAUUUGAUUUUGUAAUUCAAUGUAAACAAAAAUCUAUUCCUUGUCAAAAAUCUGAAUGUGUGGUACAAGUGUGGCUGGAGACUUUGUCAUGGGUUUACGGAUGUGGAAGUGAGUUUCUCUAUGCAUAUGUGUGUGAGAGUGUUCGCAAUUUGUUUCUGUCGACACAGAUUUGUUUUGUGUGUGUGAUCUAAGUGCAUUUAAAACUCUUUGAGACACACUAAAUUGUUUUACAAGAAUAAUUAAACUUAUGCUCACAACUUUGUUUUGAGUCUAAAU